AUGUCCAUGCUCAGCUCGAUCGAGCUCUCUGAGCUUCGAAACCGUGCAAUCGGUCAGAAUGAGUACGUACGCUAUCUGGACGAGCGGACAGCCGACGCCCGUGCAAAGGUGUCGGUCUCAGUCCGGCAUGCCCUUCGCCCAGCCCAGAUUGUUCGCCAACUCAGGAGACUUGGCUACGCGUGCACGCCACAACUCGGCAGGACUCUGAUAUGGGAUGAGCCUGCACCUUUGACCCGAACGUAUGCAACAAGCUGGCUCACGGGUCUGCGGGGCGUCCUGGCGGUCAAAGUGGUCACCUUCCACUACGUUAUGGCAUUCUGCGAUUUCGGAUUCCAGCCAUGGGGUGUUGACGAGCGACAUACUCACUUCUUUCAGCUACCCAUCAUUCGACUCUUGUAUGCCGGCUUCUCUUCGCAGAUCUUCUUUGGCAUCUCAGGAUUCUUGGUCGCGAUGCGAGUACUGCAAGCCCAGAAUAGGAGAUCCUCUGUCGGGGCGCACCAACACCAGGACAUCUUCGCCAGCAUAUCCAUUGAUUUGUUUCGCAAGGUCUUCAGACUGUACCUUCCUGUUUUUGCGAUCACGCUUUGUACAGCGAUAUACGUGUGGCUCGGCUUCUACGAAAGCUAUCGAGAGCCACUUCUGAACCACGAAAAAUUGUUUCCCGGUGAUUGGUAUGAGCCGAGGCCAAAGCAGAUGUCCUUAUGGUCUCAGUUGAGUUAUUGGGGGCAUGAGAUGUUCGACUUGACCAAUGUUGUGACGGAAAACACGGUCUACCCGUUCCAUGAUCAGCACCUAUGGGCGAUUCUAGCUGAGAUGCGAGGCACAGUGCACUUGUAUGGCGUACUUACCGCUCUUUCGCAGCUCAGUCCGGAGAGCCGUUUGGUCGCCAUGGGCGCCGUCAGCAUAUUGUAUUUCUAUUGGAAUCAUUGGGAGGUGUGGGUUUUCAUCCUCGGCGCGAUGGUUGUGCAGAUUGACCUGCUACUUGAUCGUCGAGAACCUCAACAUCAGUUUCCACGAAGCAAAACAGACGAUGACGAUACUUCAUUCGAGCCAGCGCCCUCACUGGCCCGACCCAACCGACCGACGCUGAAACAAAGGUGGUCCUCCCAUCGCCUAGUAGUGACCGCUGCCACGGCGUCGAAGGAUCAACGCUUCAAGCGUGUUGCACGCUAUGCUCUCUUCAUCGCCGCGCUCUAUCUACUGUCGUAUCCGGUCGCCGCAGCUUCUGCCUAUGCACCCGGAUAUCUACUACUGAACCACUUCAUACCCCGCUCCAUGGUUCGCAAAGACAAAUUCUAUCCCAACAUCGGCACCUUCUUAUUGCUUUUGUGCCUUGCCCGGUCCGAUCCAGCCACAUCGCGCUGGAGGAAGGUCCUAAGCUCUCAGAUGGCGCAGUAUCUAGGGAAGAUCAAUUUUGCAAUGUUUCUAGUCCAUGGACCGAUCAUGCACGCUUUGGGCUACAUGCUGCCGCACAAGGUGGCGUGGACCUUCGGAACCGAGCUGAGGUACAUGGAGGGACUGCCUUGGGUAUGUGCGGUGGGAUUUGGCUGGCUGAUCACUUUGGCAAUGUGUCUCUGGGCGGCGGAUGUUUGGCAGCGAGAGGUUGAGUGCAGAUGCGUCGAAUGGCAAAGGAAACUGGAGAGGUUCUGUUUCGUUGACGGUAAUGGGACUGGCAACGUAGCGCAGGAGCGAGGGAGGGAUUGA